CGUCACGAAGCAUGCGCCCUGUCAUAAUUCGCUCGUAGAAGAUUGGUCAUAGAUUAAAAUUACAAUAAUCGGGCCAUCGCUCAAGUCUGGUUCUGUGAUAAGUUAAUUUGUCGUGAGUGUGGACUGUUUGGUCUAAUGUGCAUUUAAGUGAAACAAAAUAAAUAUACAAGAUGCUUAUCAAAGAAUACCGUGUCACACUGCCCUUAACAGUUGAAGAAUAUCAAGUCGCUCAACUAUUCUGCGUGGCGGAGGUCUCCAAAAACGAAACAGGCGGCGGCGAGGGCAUAGAAGUAAUAAAGAAUGAACCGUUCAAAGACUACCCGUUGCUCGGCGGCAAGUUCUCAUCCGGGCAGUACACGUAUAAGAUCUACCACUUGGCGUCGAAGGUGCCGGCCUUCAUCAGGCUGCUGGCGCCCAAGGGGUCCCUCGAGGUACACGAGGAGGCGUGGAACGCUUACCCUUACUGCCGGACUGUUCUUACGAACCCUGGCUACAUGAAGGACAAUUUCGUCAUCUGCAUAGAGUCCCUACACUUACCGGACGGUGGUGACCAAACUAAUGUGCACGAGCUACCACCGGAGAAGUUAAAAAACCGAGAAGUCGUCCACAUUGACAUCGCCAACGACCCCCUCUCGUCGGCCGACUACAAGGCGGAGACGGACCCGACCAAGUUCAAGUCGGUCAAGACCGGCCGCGGUCCGCUGACCGGGCCCAAUUGGAAGGCGGAUAUCAAGCCGGUUAUGACGUGCUACAAGCUGGUUACGGCAGAGUUCAAGUGGUUUGGCUUGCAGAGCAAAGUAGAAAAUGUCAUCCACAAAUCAGAACGGCGGUUGUUCACGAUUUUCCAUAGACAAGUAUUCUGCUCCAUGGACGACUGGUACGGCAUGACGAUGGCGGACAUCCGCGCCAUCGAGGACCGCACCAAAGAGGAGCUCGAGCGGCUCCGGCGCGAGGGCGAGGUGCGCGGCAUGCGCGCCGACAACGAGUAAACCGUGCGCAACUCCGUGCGUGCGCAACUCCGCGCGUGCGCAGCUCCGUGCGCAACUCCGGGCGUGCGCAGCUCCGUGCGUACGCGAGUGCGUGGGUCGCGAGCGCGCGUGCGCGCCGCCGGCGGGAUUACUUUGGCGACGGAGGAUGACGCUAUAGAAAACUUUAUUGAAAUUUUUCUUUCUUGUCUAGUGAGAUUUUUUAUGUGAAAAUGAUUCAAUAUAUGGUUCCAUUCCUACAUGAAAAAUAUGUCUCACUACACCUAUAACUGUCAUUUUGUCGUCUUGGUUUUUUUUUAUUGUUCCUAUACCAUGAAAUUAAUGAACAACCUAAAUGAUUUGGGGUUCAAGGGGAAAGCGUGUACAGGACGUAGUAAGAAAAAAAGGUUGAAACCAAAGAACAUGGCAUUGAAACGUGAGACUUUUGUUCUUUUUGAAAGUUUAAGUUUAUUGACAUUUUUUUUAGAUUAAAUCUUUUCUAAGUAAAAAGAAAGCGAUUUUUCAAUGAAGUUUUCUAAAGCGAUUGGCCUCUGACGCCACACCCCGCCGGAGUUCCUCCGAACGCUCACCUUGCCCGCGCGAACAACUGAGAUUGUAUAAAUUUUAUCCAAAAUCUACUUAAAUAAUAAAUGUUGUUUACUUCUAAAGUAUUCAUUAGAACGAGUCAUUUCGCAAUCUCAGUAUACGCGACGGCAUUUUGAUUAGUUUGAUUACCAUUAGAGAAAUAAUGUCAUUGAAAUGUGGUUAUAGAUAACUAUUUAAAUUAGUAACUAAUAAGUCGAUGUAGUCAGUGGUUAACAGGUAGUGUUGUCGUUACCUAAUAAUAAUUAAACUUAAAAUUCUAGACGAUGUUUUGGACUAUUCGCAACGAGAAUUGGUAUUGCCAAGUGUUUGUCGUGAGCUUCAAGUUUCAAGAGAUUAUGUUCUGAAGUUAACAACGUUACAGAUGUACUGCAUAUUUAUUUUCCAUCGUAUUUUCACGGAAACGUAAUACGAACGUGUCUUGCUAUUUCAGUCAGUGUCGGUACAAAAAGUACUGAGGUUGACUGAAGUAGCAUGACAAGUUCCGUUUCCAAGAAAAUACGAUGGAAAACAAUUAUGCACUACAUCUGUACAUUGGAUGCUCAUGAUAAAAUAUGAAUUAACACGGUUUAAAUAUAAUAUUCGACAGUUGUAUAUUUAAUGCAAUCAUGUACACCAUUCGAGUCAUUCGUCAGUAUCACUUAGUGACUAAGGGCUGAUUUAGACGGCGCGCGAACUCGCAUUAGAUUUUAGUUACAUUGCGGACUCUGGAUUACGUCCAAUUCAACCGACCAAUCAAAACCCGCAAUGGUAUGAAACUCGCACGCGAGUUCUCGCACCGUCUAAAUCGGGCUUAAGGGCUGAUUUAGACGGCGCGCGAACUCGCAUUAGAUUUUAGUUACAUUGCGGACUCUGGAUUACGUCCAAUUCAACUGACCAAUCAAAACCCGCAAUGGUAUGAAACUCGCACGCGAGUUCUCGCAUGCGAGUUCUCGCAUCGUCUAAAUCGGGCUUUAGUCUCAGCACUAAUGUUACGAGAAAAUAAUCUGUGCAAUAAUUUAUGUGACGACAGAAGAGCGCAAGAGUCGUACAUAUACUUACCCCUUCAUUCACAAACGUUUACUAAAGUUGACAAGCCGAUAAUAAUCGUUUGUCCCUUUCCGACGUAUUGGUAUGAUGGAAAGGGACAAACGAUUAUUAUCGGCUUGUCAACUUUAGUAAACGUUUAUGAAUAAGGGGAUUAGAUUUUAAUUUGUCUUUCGUGGUAGCAUGUUUAAUAAAAAUGACCAAAUUUGAUGUUAUCCCUAAAAUUGACAAUUUAACCUUUUGACCGCCACAGUCGGCUGUGGCCGUCAUCGGAAAGUCUUGCCAACGACUUUGCCAAUGCAAUAGGGACUUACGCGGGACUCCGUAAAGUUCAAAUUCGCUUAAAUCGCGAUCGCCUGGCGUCCGCGGCACGGCGUAUUCUUUCGCCGUCUGGCGUUCAAAAGGUUAAACAAUUAAUAUGUUGGCCACUUUUAUUAAAUGAUGUUUUUCAGAGUCAAGAUUAGGCUGCGUGUUUAACAUUUAGUAACACGAGAGACAAAUUUAAAUUGAAUUUGUGUAUGACCUUAAGUGAAAUACUAGUGGGAUAUUUAAUAAUAUGGGGCAGUGGCGUAGCGUGAACUAAUAGCCGUGGGCGAAGUCGCAUCUGCGAGGCCCUUUUCUUUCAAUGUGUAUUCCCAAGAUGAUAAAAAGGGUUGGCUUCCGCGAGGCCCCUUUAAGUGCGAGGCCACUUCGCCAACGCCUAGCUGCGCCACUGAUAUGGGGUGUUGCAAGGUAUCUCGGCGCACUAACUUAUAUUCGGGUAGAGGUCGGCUGCGGGCAUGUUACAAUUGGUUAUUGUUAGUAUAAUUUUAUUUCGGGUUCAGACCUAUGUAAAUUGCAACACCUUUGAAUAUAGUGAUGGCUUGUAUAUUUGUAUUUGUAAGUUAUGUUGGUUUACAAAUCAGUAUUUUAAUAUUUGUGUGACAUUCCAGAUUCUAUUGUAACAUUUUAUAAACUUAAAUUAGUUUCAUUUGCUGCAUCUUUGUUUCCAUAAAAUUGAAAUAGCUCUCUUUGUUGUUUCUUAAUAUGCAGUUGCAUGCAUAGGAAAAUGAUAAUUUGCCAAGAAUAAUGUAUUUAAGAAUUAAUAAGAUCUAUGUUGUUUUUUUAUUUGAAUUUUCAUAUUUUCGGUAAUGAACUCAGUCGUAUUUAGAAACGUAUCGUCAUUUUCAGUUACGUUUAUUUUUGUGGUCGUGCUUAUAUAUAUUAUUGAAACUACGGGGCUGUCGCGAGUACUGAGGUUAGAUACGUUCGUUGGGGAUAAAAGCAUCUUGUCUCUGUCUCACUGGAGUCGUGGGAAAGAGACAAAACAAAACCCCAUCGCAGGCUAAGACCUUCGAAUCGUGAGCCCAAAGUAGUAUUUUUGCUUAUUGAUACUGCACUUUAUUUUAAUUAAGUUUUUUUUACUUGUGUUGUAUAAGUUUUACAUCAAAUACAGCGUGAUAUAUAUUUGA